AUGCUGACCCUCACCCUCCCUCAAUCUAAACUUCCUAAAGGCUACGUGAUGUGUCCGAGUCGGGAGGGGUACAAAUAUUACGUCAAUGUUGAAACGAACACCUCCUCGUUGCGGAACCCUAGUACCUACAAGGCUCUGCAGGACGUUGGCAUCGUGGACCCCCUCGAGAGGAUGAGCACCGUGCACCCGUCGCUGGCGGCGCUCAACAAGCCCAACAUCGAGGUGCCGGCGCUGUGGAGGCGCUUCGAGGACGAAGCCGGGGUCAUUUUUUACGCCAAGCCCGACGGGACGCGGUUACUUUCGCACCCCUACGCCGACGGCCACGCACUUGUCCCCCCUUGGGUCGCUCUCGAAGGCAAGGACGGCGAGACUCGCUUCUGGAACAAGGAAGAGAAGAGGUCGCAGACCGAGAACCCGAACCGACAAUUUUUGGCAUACGCGGUCAUCACCGCCGGGAUUCAGGAGGAAGACUACUGGCAAACCAAAGGAUGCGUGCCCGCUUGGGUCGUCCAGGACAUGACAGUGCCGCAGCCUGGGGAACAGGCCGUGCCGUACUCUGUCAACUACCGCACCGGCAACCUCUGGCCACGGUACAGACGGAGUAUCAACCUCGCCAAGGAACGACCCCAGUCCACUUAUCAGACACCCGGGCCAGCAUUGCCAGAUGACAGACCUGAAUCAGAUGACGAGCUUCCAGCGGCAGCAGAUGAGCGCCCCCCAAAUUCCCUCCAGGCUUUUAAUAUAUUUGCAGUCUAG